AUGAAGGUGCUGAGGGCCUGGCUCCUGUGCCUGCUGAUGCUGGGCCUGGCCCUGCGGGGAGCUCGUACUCACCGGCUCUCCAUGGAGAUCCGCACCCCUGACAUCAAUCCUGCCUGGUACACCAGUCGUGGGAUCAGGCCUGUGGGCCGCUUCGGUCGGAGGAGGGCAGCCCUGUGGGACGUCCCCAAGCCUGGCCUGCGACCCCGGCUGACUUGCUUCCCCCUGGAAGGCGAUGCUAUGUCCUCCCAGGAUGGGUGAUAGCCAGCUUGUCAAGAAAAUCACUCUGGAGCCUCCCCCACCCCGCCCUCUCCUCUCCUUCGGGCUCCUUUCCCUUCAAUCCUAAUAAAAGCUCUGGUCUUGCUUAGUUGCACAUUCA